AUGAAGAAGGUGGUGAAUUGGGGUGGUUCUUCUAUUAGGGCAGAAUACAUACAUAUGAGAUGCAUUGCUCAUAUUCUUAAUUUGGUUGUUCAAGAUGGAUUGAAAUUAGCAGAUUCAUCAGUUAAAAAGAUUAGGGAUUGNUACAUACAUAUGAGAUGCAUUGCUCAUAUUCUUAAUUUGGUUGUUCAAGAUGGAUUGAAAUUAGCAGAUUCAUCAGUUAAAAAGAUUAGGGAUUGCAUUAGGUGGGUGAGGGGUUCUCCAUCUAGGUUGAAGAAGUUUAGAGAACUUGCAGAUUUGCUUGAAGUGGAAGAGAAAAGUUCAUUAUGUCUUGACGUUCCAACUAGAUGGAACUCCACCUAUAUAAUGCUUCGAACCGCAAUAGGUUACAGACAAGUUUUUGAAACGUAUGAGAGUAGUGACACCGUGUUACAUUUGGAUUUGGGUGAUUCGAUGCCUUCCUAUCUUGAUUGGUUACAGGUUGACAGUUUGGUCAUAUUUUUGAAGUCAUUUUAUGAUAUGACAAUUAGGAUAUCUGGCUCACUUUAUGUCACCUCAAAUUCUCUCUUAACCGAGAUUUUAGAUUUGAGUUGCAUUAUUGCCGAUAUGUUACAAUCUACGUCGAAAGUUGAAGAGGAAAUGGGUAUUAAAAUGAAAGAGAAGUUCAGUAAAUAUUGGGGUGAUCCAGAUAAGAUGAACUUCAUCAUAUUUUUUGGCAAUAUAUUGGACCCUAGAGACAAGGUUGAGUACAUGCAAGUCCAGCUCAAUCAAAUGUAUGGUGAGGAUCAAGGUAAGUUAUGUUUUGAAAAGGUAAAGUCUAAAUUAGAUAUGUUGUUUCAAGAGUAUGUGUCAACAUAUUCCGAACCUUCUACCACUAUGAUGCCUCCUCCACCCACUAAGUGUGAGAAUGUUCCCGUUGGAAGGGUACAAUCUAGAUUAAAGAGUCAACUUAAGAAACAAAAGAUGGAAAGUGGGGCUUCACUCAACAAGAAGAAUGAACUUGAACUUUAUCUAAGUGAGUCGACCAUAUAUGAGGCAAACGAUUUUGAUAUUUUAAGAUAG